ACAUAUGAAUAUUUAUUUAGUAUGGAUUACUCAAUACUCCAUUUGUCCCUAUUAGAUUCAGUUUUUUAUGCUUUAAAUUUACCUUUUUUGAAUAAAAGCGUUAAAAGUUUAAAACUUUAGAGAAAAGUAAAAAAACAAAACCAACAAUUAGGAUCGAAGAGAGUAAGAACUUAAAAAAAAAUCACAAAAAAAACAAAAAAAAAGGCAAUUCAAAUUGAUUUUUCCAAUAGAAUUAUGAGCAGUAGUUGUUUAUAAUUUGGCCCUUUUGGUAGUUUUGGAGCCUUUUCACAUGUACGCCUGCCUCGCUGCAUUCCCUCUCCUUUUUCUCUCUCCUCCAUUGAAGCGCGUACUCUCAAUUCUCCAUUCAACCUAUUUCUCACCUUUCUUUCCUCCAUUGAACCAGCUCCUAAGGUGUAAUGGAGGUCUCCAUUUGGAGGGCUCUUCUUCAAAAUAUAUCGUCGUUUUUAAGUUUAUCAUCACGUGACGGCUUUGACUCAGAACCGGUGCGAAAAUGCUACCAGAAGAUGGAAGAGAUAUUUAAGUUGUUAAAGCCGAUAAUUGAUGCGAUUGUGGAUACUGAAGUAGCCUCUGAUGAGCGACUCAAUAAGGCACUACAAGAACUUGGAUUGUCUAUCGAUGAGUCACAAGAUCUCUUUGAGAGCUGGCAUCCUUUGGCAAGCAGAGUUGAUCUUGUAUUCCGAGCUGAAUCGUUGACAGCAAAGAUCCGGAAUUGUGUUUUGGAAUUCUUCUGGCUGCUUAAAGAUUCACAUCAGUCCCUCCCUGUGGAGCUGAGCUCAUCAUCUCUUGAGCACUGUAUACAAAAGGUUAAGAACAUAGGAUGUGAUACUACAUCUACAAUCAUCAGUGAUGCUGUGAAGGAUCAAGCAGGCGACCAUGGGCCAAGCCCUGAGCGACUUGUAAAAAUUGCUGAUUGCCUGGGCCUAAGGUCGAAUCAAGAAAUUCUCAUUGAGGCCGUGGCUCUUGAAUCACUGAAGGAGAAUGCUGAGCAGGCUGAAAAGAAUGCAGAGGUUGAUGAUUAUGAACAGUUGAUUUCUCUUGUCACACGCAUGCAUGAACGCCUUGUAAUGUUGAAACAGUCCCAGAGCUGUACACCUGUCCCUAUACCAGCUGAUUUUUGUUGUCCUCUUUCCCUUGAACUUAUGACAGACCCUGUCAUUGUAUCCUCAGGCCAAACAUAUGAACGUGCUUUCAUUAGGAAAUGGCUUGAUCUUGGUCUUACUGUAUGUCCAAAGACAAGGCAGUCAUUAGUUCACACCAAUCUGAUUCCUAAUUAUACUGUUAAAGCACUGAUUGCAAAUUGGUGUGAGAUAAACGAUGUGAAGCUGCCUGACCCUAUGAAGUCUAUUGAUAGAGAUCAACCAUUGGCCCUACUUUCUCAUAACGAUUCCGGUCCUGGAAAGGAUAUUCACAUACAGUCUCAUUCUAGAGGUAACCAGCCUGCAUCGCCUGAGUCAAUACGGUCUGCAGUUUUUGAUGGCAAAAAUUCCAGCCAUUCAAGUGACCUUCGCCGAGAAGGGGCUUCCCCAUUACAUCCACGUUCUUCAUCAGAUAGCUCUAUGUUUCGCAUGGUUGAUAAAGAGCAUGGAUUGGAUGUUGGGAGGAUAUCUCUGGAAGACAGGCUGAGCAAUUCGGAGAGAAAAAGUGUAGAUUCAAAUGGUCAGUACUCUGGGUCGCCAGCGCGUAGAGAUUAUGCUAAUGCUAUCAAUACUCAUGAACAGCCAUCUGAAAGAAAUGAUGGAAUGUCCUUAGGUGGAAACAGAGUAUCGGACAUGAAUUUUGCUCAACGAUUAUCUGGAGAUGCCAAUCAGGUUUCACAGAGUUCAGAUGUUGAUAGCCGUGAUGCUUCUGGAGAACUAUCAGAAGAACCACAUACUGCUGUCCCUGAGAGCACUUCCCAGAGGGAACAUGAGUUCCCACCUAGAAUAAUGGAUACGAGAUCCCGUAGUCAAAAUAUUUGGCGCCGUCCAUCAGAUAGGCUUGUACCCCGGAUGAUUUCUUCAUCGACCACAGAAACAAGACCUGAUCUCUCUGAAACUGAAGCUGUAGUUAAGAAGUUGGUUGAGGACUUACAUAGCGAGUCAGUGGAAACACAAAGAGAUGCAACAACACAACUGCGUCUACUUGCAAAACACAACAUGGAUAACCGUAUUGUGAUUGCCAAUUGUGGGGCCAUAAGAUUGUUGGUUGAUCUGCUUCAAUCGACAGAUCCAAAGACACAGGAAAGUGCCGUGACUGCUCUCUUGAAUUUAUCAAUUAAUGAUAAUAAUAAAAUCGCUAUCGCUGAUGCAGACGCAAUAGAACCCCUGAUCCAUGUUCUUCAGACCGGCACUGAAGAGGCUCGGGAGAACUCGGCUGCCACACUUUUUAGCCUCUCAGUAAUUGAGGAAAAUAAAUCUAAAAUAGGCAGGUCUGGGGCUAUUGGACCUUUGGUUGAAUUGUUAGGAAAUGGGACUCCUCGGGGAAAAAAAGACGCUGCCACUGCUUUGUUUAAUUUAUCUAUAUAUCAUGAGAACAAACUUAGAAUUGUGCAGGCUGGUGCUGUAAGGCAUCUAGUUGAGUUGAUGGAUCCAGCAGCAGGUAUGGUUGAUAAGGCUGUUGCUGUUUUGGCAAAUCUUGCUACGAUUACUGAGGGAAGGACAGCCAUUGGCCAGGCAGGAGGGAUUCCUGUUCUUGUAGAGGUUGUUGAACUGGGCUCUGCGAGGGGGAAGGAGAACGCUGCUGCUGCACUUCUACAACUUUGUACUUUCAGCGCCAGAUUUUGCAAUAAUGUACUCCAAGAAGGAGCUGUACCACCUUUGGUUGCUUUAUCACAAUCAGGGACUCCCAGAGCCAGAGAGAAGGCUCAAAGUCUUCUAAGUUACUUUAGAAACCAACGUCAUGCUAAUUCCCGAGGAUGAAUUGGCAACCAAAACAUUUUAAGGUCUAUGAUUGUUUGUAAGUUCUAUACGAUGUAAAUUUGACAUGCAAAUAAUGCUUAUGAUUUUUUAGCACGACGUAUUGUUGGCAUUGUUUGUUGAUUGCAAGUGUGAUCAUUAUUUCUGUGUAAGGUUUUAUUUUUUGUCUCCCACUGUACUCCAGGAUUGUGCAGUAUAAUGACAGAGGAGUGGCUAAUUUGCCUGCUUUGUCAUUAUAGAACUUUAGCAUCAUAUUGUAUUGCUGUCAGUCUGGUUCUUCCUUAUUCCUGUCUCGAACUUAAGCCCUUUCUAUCAUCAUUCACCAUUCGUUAAAGCU